AUGGCGGACGAUCCACGGCGAAACGCGUUUGACCUUCAGGCAGAACAGAUGAACUGGUUUGACCUCAAAGCUCCUCAGCGAAGUGGGGCAGAUUCAUUUGUUCAGCAUUAUGACAGUCGGUACAAAAAAUAUGUAAAUGUUUCUAAAUUGACUGACAGCAGGCAGCAGAUUCAGCUGGUGUUCAUUUCUCUGACGGCCGUUUUGUUUUCUGUGCUGCAGAUCGCUCAGCCAGGCGGCCGAGCGGACGGCUGUGUGCCCGGCUUCCAGGUCAGAAACUACCAGCUGGUGUUGGGCGGACCGCUGCAGAAAGGCCAGCCGCUUCUACAAGUGGAGUUUGAUGACUGCGCGGGGAACGAGGACGUGUCGUUUGAGGUGUCAGAUCCCAGCUUCCACGUGGACGGAGACCUGAACCUGGUUCCCCGCCGGGACGUGGAGUCCUGCGGGCCGGUGCUGCUGGUCCACGGCUUCGGAUCGCAUGUAGAUGACCGGGCGCAGGUGGACGUCUCCGGACUUCCUGUCCGGUCGGAGAACACGCUCACGGAGGUUCUGGGCCAGAAGCUACGGUACCGGUCGAAGAGAGCGCUCCUCGUCCCGCCGAUGAUCGUCACUGAGAACCAGAGGGCUCCGUUUCCCAGGCUCAUCGGCAAGUCUCACGUAAUUUUGACAGAGAAGACGGUGCACCAUAUCUUCCGACUGACAGGCCCCGGCGCUGACCAAUAUCCCAAUGAUCUUUUCACCAUUGACACAGAGACAGGAGACGUGUCAGUCAGCCGCUCACUGGACCGAGAGACCAUCGACUCCUACCAGCUGGAGGUUUCCACCACAGACUCCUCUGGGAACGUCCUGGAGGGACCCGUCAUACUGGUCGUCACCGUCAUCGACCAAAACGACAACCGGCCCAUCUUCAAGGAGUCCCUCUACACAGGAGAGGUGCUGGAGGGAUCGCCCACAGGAACCACGGUGAUGACCAUGACUGCGUUCGACGCAGACGACCCCGCCACCGACAACGCCGUGCUGCGCUACAACAUCGUCAGGCAGUCGCCGGACAAACCUUCGCCCAACAUGUUCUACAUCGACGCAGAGAAAGGCGACAUCGUCACCGUCAUUUCUCCGUCCUUACUGGACAGGGAGACUCUCCCAACUACGACGUAUGAAUUAGAGAUCGUGGCGAAGGACAUGGCAGGAAGUGAGGUGGGCCUAACAGGAACAGCGACGGCCACCAUCACCAUCACAGACAAGAACGACCACGCCCCCGAGUUCACCCAUCCUCUGUUUGAGGCCCGUGUGCAUGAGGGCUCCCGAGGCGUCGUGGUCAACCUGACGGUGGACGACCGGGACGACCCGGCCACGGGCGCGUGGCGAGCCUUGUACUCCAUCAUCAGCGGAGACCCCAAACAGAGCUUCGAGGUCCAAACCAACCCAGACAACAACGAAGGAAUGCUGUCAGUGGUCAAGCCUCUGGACUACGAGACCACUGCGUUCCACACGCUUCUCAUCAGGGUGGAGAACGAGGAUCCUUUGGUUCCCGACGUUGGCUACGGUCCCAGCUCCACGGCGACCGUCCACGUCACAGUGGAGGACAUCAACGAGGGACCCGUCUUCUUCCCAGACCCCCUGCUGGUCACCAGGAUGGAGAACGUCCCAGUGGGCAGCUUCGUGGCGUCACUCAACGCCUCAGACCCAGACGUCCUGGAGAUCCAGAGCAUCAGAUAUGCGGUUCUGAGCGACCCGGCGGCUUGGCUGAGUGUGAACCCGGUCAGAGGAACCGUCAACACCUCGGCCUCUCUGGACCGGGAGUCUCCAUAUGUCCAUGCGAAUAAAUACACGGCUCUGUUCGUCGCCACAGACAACGGCACGCCUCCGGCCACCGGGACGGGGACGCUCAUCAUCCAUCUGGAAGACUACAACGACAACGCCCCGUUCGUGGUGCCGUCGGUGGCGCAGGUGUGCGAGGACGCCGGCGACAUGAACGUAGCUGUGGUCGCAGGACGGGACAAAGACUUGGCGCCCAACGCGGCGCCGUUCAAGAUAGAACUGGGGAAACAACCGGGCCUGGACAAAACAUGGAGGGUCACCAGAAUCAACUCCACUCAUUCCCAGAUCAUGCUCCUGCAGAGUCUGAAGAAAGCCAACUACCAGCUGCCGCUGCUCAUCACGGACUCAGGGGUGCCCCCUUUGUCCAACAGCACAGAGGUCAAAGUUCAGGUGUGCAUCUGUACAAAGACCAAGAGAUACUGCAGCUCCGCCCACUCCCACCGCACUAGCCUUGUUGUGCUGCUGUCGACACUGCUGCUUGUCCGUCUCUGCCUGUAAGUCCUACUGAAACCUCUCAUUGUCCUUUUCGCACCACUGAGAAGCAACGACGAAUCUCCCCACGCGCCCGGGAUUAGGAGGAGAAGAAGAAAUCUUCUCACCUCGACGAAAUCCAACAAGCAAACCUAGAGCUUUCUCCCUGGGACAGCGCCGCCGCCUGUCAGCCAUCUUUGUUUUUAAAUCACUUCCUGUUUCCUGCUGGCCCUCUUCAUUCUUCCUCUCCAUCUUCACCUCUCUGAUCUUGCGUUCCUAUUCUUUCUUUUUUCUCUCCCUCUAUCCAUCAUUGAUUAUUGAUUUCUGUCCCAACCUGCCCCCCCCCGUUGCAGAGCUAGGAAUGUAGCGGUGUUAGCAGUGUUAGCAUCGCGCCACAUCCUGAAGGAACAUUAAUACUGAUAUGGAGAGAAAAAAGCAGAUUAAGUCCUAAUGAAGCAGGAACCUCCCCUCCCCGUCGUCAUGGCUACCUCUUUUCCCUGUACCCCCAUGAAGACUGCCUGGCUGUGUUAGCGUCUCCCGCCCGUCCGUUGACCUGCGUGCCGCCGGCCCAGUGAACUCUGCAGCCCGUCUGGUCGGCGGGGAGCGGCGGUGUUAACGUGUUUCUUUAUCUUCUCGUCAGAGUGUUUGAUCGUUUGAUCUUGUUUCCGUCUCAGAGGACUGAAGCGUCUUUCUUUGUCUGCGGUCUGUUGGUGGUUGUGGCUUUUUUAGGACGAGGUUGUAGCCAUAAGCCUUCAAAAUAAGAGACUCUGGAGUCGUUUCCUCAGUUUGCUUCUGUUCUUAUCGCAUUAGUUAUCAUGGAGUGGGAAACAGUAAAUCUUUACAGUAAUGGUGUAAACCUGAAAAAAAAGUACUAUUAUAUAAAUAUUUUUAUUUUUUACCAUUGUAUAAAUAUACAGUAUUGAUUAACUUAUGUAGUUUGAUUGCAAGUCUUUCACAGUAAGUCUGUUUUAAAAGAGGAAACCAUCUUUUCUGUGAAAUUAGAGGCUAUUGUUGUGUUCACUAUUUUACUGUAACAUCUUUGGUUUCUGAUUGUUUUCCUUUUUGAAGCGUGAUUCAUUUUGCACAAUCAGGAGUGAAGUUUGUUGACUGCAGCUGUUUGGGUUCGGUUCGUUCUCCCGCCUCUCCUCCUCUCAUUUCCAGUCAGAAGAAGAAAAACAAAGACUUUGGUGGAUCGUUUUCCUUUUUGUCUUCGUUCAUCGGAGAAACGUAGCGUGUGUGCGUUCGUCUGGAGACCAACUUAAACAAAAAAGGACAUCUUGAAUGAGUUCUGUCUGUCUUUUGCACUAAUUUAAUAAAGCCGUUACUGAAAGUUCC